UAUUAUGUAGUCCUAUAUUUAAGGAAGAAACUAAUGAUAUAUACGCAGAUAUUGUUAAUAAUGACCCUUUGAUUACGCUAUCAUUACUGACAAUGACAUGUGGGGCUAGAGUGUCAGAUAAUUGGAGGUCCAAAUUUUUGGAGUGGCAAAAUGGUCUAUUUAAAGCACCAGGUGUUUAUUAGCUUCUCUCCACGUCUUCUUCCUCCCAAGAAAACUCCUCUCACUUCGCGAACGCUUCCCAUGGCGCUCUCCUCCAUGGCCGCGGCGCAAGAGAGCUCCCUCCUCCUCUUCCUCCUCCCGACGUCGGCCGCCUCCGUGUUCCCGCCGCUCAUCUCCGUGGUCGUCCUCGCCGCGCUCCUCCUGUGGCUCUCGCCGGGUGGCCCCGCGUGGGCGCUGUCCCGUUGCCGUGGCACGCCGCCGCCGCCGGGCGUGGCGGGGGGCGCGGCCAGCGCGCUGUCCGGCCCUGCCGCGCACCGCGUGCUCGCCGGGAUUUCGCGCGCCGUCGAGGGCGGCGCGGCGGUGAUGUCGCUCUCCGUCGGCCUCACCCGCCUCGUCGUGGCGAGCCGGCCGGAGACGGCGAGGGAGAUCCUCGUCAGCCCGGCGUUCGGCGACCGCCCCGUGAAGGACGCGGCGAGGCAGCUGCUGUUCCACCGCGCCAUGGGGUUCGCCCCGUCGGGCGACGCGCACUGGCGCGGGCUCCGCCGCGCCUCCGCGGCGCACCUCUUCGGCCCGCGCCGCGUGGCCGGGUCCGCGCCCGAGCGCGAGGCCAUCGGCGCCCGCAUAGUCGGCGACGUCGCCUCCCUCAUGUCCCGCCGCGGCGAGGUCCCCCUCCGCCGCGUCCUUCACGCCGCGUCGCUCGGCCACGUCAUGGCGACCGUCUUCGGCAAGCGGCACGGCGACAUCUCGAUCCAGGACGGCGAGCUCCUGGAGGAGAUGGUCACCGAAGGGUACGACCUCCUCGGCAAGUUCAACUGGGCCGACCACCUGCCAUUGCUCAGGUGGCUCGACCUCCAGGGCAUCCGCCGCCGGUGCAACAGGCUAGUCCAGAAGGUGGAGGUGUUCGUCGGAAAGAUCAUACAGGAGCACAAGGCGAAGCGAGCUGCCGGAGGCGUCGCCGUCGCCGACGGCGUCUUGGGCGACUUCGUCGACGUCCUCCUCGACCUCCAGGGAGAGGAGAAGAUGUCAGACUCCGACAUGAUCGCUGUUCUUUGGGAGAUGAUCUUUAGAGGGACGGACACGGUGGCGAUCUUGAUGGAGUGGGUGAUGGCGAGGAUGGUGAUGCACCCGGAGAUCCAGGCGAAGGCGCAGGCGGAGGUGGACGCCGCCGUGGGGGGACGCCGCGGCCGCGUCGCCGACGGCGACGUGGCGAGCCUCCCCUACAUCCAGUCCAUCGUGAAGGAGACGCUGCGCAUGCACCCGCCGGGCCCGCUCCUGUCGUGGGCGCGCCUCGCCGUGCACGACGCGCGCGUCGGUGGCCACGCCGUCCCCGCCGGGACGACGGCGAUGGUGAACAUGUGGGCGAUCGCCCACGACGCCGCCGUCUGGCCGGAGCCGGAUGCGUUCCGCCCGGAGCGCUUCUCGGAGGGGGAGGACGUCGGCGUGCUCGGCGGCGACCUCCGCCUCGCGCCGUUCGGCGCCGGCCGCCGCGUCUGCCCUGGCAGGAUGCUGGCGCUCGCCACCGCCCACCUCUGGCUCGCCCAGCUGCUGCACGCCUUCGACUGGUCCCCCACCGCCGCCGGCGUCGACCUGUCCGAGCGCCUCGGCAUGUCGCUGGAGAUGGCGGCGCCGCUCGUGUGCAAGGCCGUGGCUAGGGCCUGAGCCCUAGCCGCCGCCGCCGCCAUUAUUGCCAUUGAUGUGGCUAGCGACGUUGUCGUGCUCGCAUCCAUACUCCUCCAUAGGCAACUCGUCUAGCCAAUGAAGAAAGCUACUAUCUAUCUAUCUAUCAAGCUAGCUGCUACUAUCACAAACCGCAUUUCGGCAUCAUCUUAAAUUAGCUCUUAGGGGUGUAGGCGAUUUUGGUUUCCCCCAAAAAUUUGCUUUGCCAGUCUUUUGGUUUAAAUCGAGGCAUUAGUUGUGAAACAUCAUGAGAAGUUAUUUAAAUCUGAGGAAUUUUGUUUGAACCUUUUCUGGUGUGCUAAAUGGAUCGUGCUUUGAGUAUCUUAUUAUUCUGAAUGUGUUAUGUA